AUGGAAAGUCCCGUCGUUCUCCCGGACCGGGCCCCGCCUCCAGACGGCGCCGUGCCCAAGCCCAUCCUGGCGUCCGUGCGCCGGUUGGCCUGGGCCAAGAGCAGGGACUCCACCUGGCAGGAGACGCAGAAAUCCAACGGCGACGCCGAGAGGACCUCUGACGAAGCAGGACUUUCUCCCGUCACCAACUGGCUCGACCAAUGCAGGACGCCGCUGACCGCAUCGCUGGACGAUCAGAGCGCCAACGCGGCCACGGCCAAAGGUAAGAACGGCUGCAGCUUCGAAGAUGACCUUUCUCUGGGAGCUGAAGCGGACCACCUUCAGUCCGGCAACAAGAAGACUUCAUCCUGCGGCGGUCUGGCCGCCGAUCAGAAAAGGAGCCAGUACAAGGAGAAAGGACGAAGCAUGAACUCCACCGGAUCCGGAAAGAGCAGCAACGUGUCCAGCGUGUCGGAGCUCCUGGACCUUUACGAGGAAGACCCCGAGGAGAUCCUCCUCAAUCUGGGUUUCGGGAGGGACGAGCCCGACAUGUCGUCCAGGAUCCCGGCCCGCUUCUUCAAUGGCUCGUCGGCGGCGCGCGGCAUCGACAUCAAGGUGUACCUGGGAGCUCAGCUUCAGCGCAUGGAAGUGGAGAACCCCAACUACGCUCUGACAAGUCGCUUCCGACAGAUCGAGGUGUUGACGACGGUGGCCAAUCAGUUCAUCCAGCUUUACGGUCACGUCUCCGGUCAGCCCGUCCAGAGCGUCAACGGCAGCAAGGAUCAAGGCGGAGAAGGAGAGGUCAUCAAAGACCAGUCGGCGCCGCCGUCGCUUUUUCAGAGGAAAAACUCUGCUCAGAACGUGGCCGACCGUCUGAGGAAGAGGCUGAGCAAGAACAACCUACUAUCGGCGGCGUCCCAAGCCGCCGCGUCCGCCGCCGAGUCGGCCCCGCCCGCCCCCCUUGACGGGCGGGACGCCGUCGACAACCAGCACGCCGAGAAGAACGUCCGCAAGAAAGACGGACGCUCUCUGGAGACCGUCACCGAGGAGGGGGAACAACGCCCGAGCGUCCCCCCUGUUCAAAAUGGCCACAGGUCUGCCCCGGAGGUGGUCCCGCCCCCUCUGGCCCCGCCCCUUCUUGCCCAGCUGCGUACGGUGACUGCGGCUGACUCUUUUGAUAUGGAGGAGAUUCAGAGCAACGAGGACGACGCUCUCCUGUCCAGAACGUCCCGAAGCUCAGAUCUACUGAGGACGGCCAGCCAGCAGUCAGACAGCAGCGGCUUUGCCGAGGAGACGUCGUCCGCCGACGCCGCCAACCUCAAGGUUCAGGUGAGCAGCGACAGCUGUGACAGCGAAACCACAGUCACUUCACACCCCUCUCAGGACGCGGCUACGCCAGUCGCCCUGGACCGACCGUCGUUCAACUUGCCGGACGCCCGGGCCGAUGUCUCGGACACCGUUUCGGGGGCCGAUGAGUCGGAACCCGCUUCCGGGGCCGAGGAGUCUCCACCGGUCGGUGGAGACGAGAAGUCGGAACUCUCUUCUUGCGAGGUCGAGAACUCUGAACCCGUUUGCGGUUCCGAGGAUUCUGAACCGACUUCUGGGGCUCGGGGGUCGGAACCCGCCUCUGGCGCCGACAAAUCGGAACGGGCUCGCAAAGUCGAGAGUUCGGAACCGACCGACUCGGAGGUGGCUUCUCGCGUACCCAAGGAGUCCCCUCAAGAACCAGACGGUAGUGUCAAGGAGUCCAACCUGAUUUCUGUGGCCCAGGAGUCAAAACCCGCUUCUGGGACCGAGGAGUCAGAACCCGCCACUGGCGUCGAGCAAUCGGAACCGACUCGCAGUGCCGAGAGUACUGAACAGACUCGCGAGGCAGAGGAUUCGGAGGCGGCUUCUCGUGUGCCCACAGAGUCACAGCAGGAAUCGGCUCGCGGGGACAAGGUGUCUGCACCGAUUUCUGAGGCCGAGGAGUCGGGACAAGCUUCUUCGCUGGAUUGGGAAACGGGCGAGGAAGGCCAUAUUUCCCAGCUGGUGCCGCAGUACAAGGCCCACCAGCUUCCCAAGAACAUUGCGCCAGAAGAACGAGGGCCGAGCGGCGAUGGGGCACAACCUCGGGAAUUCCCGGAAGAGACUCCGCACGACACCUGUGAUGAUCCGCCCCCGUCGGUUCCGUCGCCUUUCCGUCUCCCUGCCAUGGACUCCCCCGUCCUAAGUGCCCUGAAUCGCGUCAAGCAGCGUUUGGGCGACGCGGUCCCGCAUCCCAGCAGAAGGCGUCAUCGAAGCGGCCUUCCCUUACAGAGAUCGUCGUCCCUGCCGUCUUCACUGCUGUUCCCAAGCAAGGUGGUGUCCACUGUCAAAAUCCAGUUAGGCGGGGGCCGGGCGUAUUUCGGCCAACCCCGCUACUCCUUCCGCUAUGUCCAGGAGCCCGACGCUGACCCUGACACCGUCAACCCGUGCUCCUUCGUCUCUGCCCAUGUCGUGGAGAAGUCGUCUGAUUCUCGCGAACGGGACGGCUCCCCCCAUCCCACGGUGCGCUCGUCAGGCUCUCUGAGGUGUGCCAGCCCCCCUGCCGAUUGGCCCUGGAUCACACAGAGCGUCCCCGAUCUCUCUUUCGACCAGCAGCGGUUUGGACACUAUCAGAGGGGUGGCACCCCUGAUCCGGGACCGGAUAUCUUCCACUACCCCUGUCCCAGCCCCAGACCGGAGACCCCUAUGUCCGCUCCCCACGUCAACCCACCCCCCCUUUACCCCGCUCAUCUUCAUCCCUACGCCAGUCUCCCCAACCUCGUCCACCCGUACGUGUCCUUCCACCAGCCCCCCGCGACUACGCCCCCCCACUACGCCAGCCUGUGGAGCCUCCCUUCUGGAACUCACGGGCCCCGCUACCACGCCGGCAACUACCACACGGCUUACCAUUCCGUUCCCCACAGUCCGUCUUAUCCGGGUUAUCCCGUUUAUGACCCCGGCCCCUUCCCCCCUUUGGCACCGGACCACGUUGCGCACCGGGGCGGCGCCCCGCCGGCUCCGGGCUUCCUUUCGGGCCUCGGCCAAAGUCCCGGCCCUCGCCGCGGCCUCGGGCACGGCCCUCAUGUGAGUUCAAAUCUGGGUCAGAGCCCCCACCCGGGUGUCGGCCAGGGUUACGGCCCCUACGCCAGUGUCGGCGGUCACGUUCACGGCCCCUACUUGGGGUUCGGCCCAGGUCAUAGCCCUUACUCUGGUCCCGGCUGUUGUCCCGGCUCCCACUCGGGCUUUGGCCAAAGUUCCGGUCAGUUGCUGUCUGAUACCGAGAUGCAGCUGAGGAGGGUUCUGCAUGACAUCAGAGGAACCGUUCAAAGUCUCAACCAGGUUGGUUCAGAGUCUUCGUUAUCCCGAUCGCAACUUAGCGACGUCUCAAGCGCGUCCCCCGAAGCUUCCUCUCAACAGGCCUUUGCGGAACUUCGGCAGAAGCGACACAGUUUGAGCGUCUUCCGAGCGCAGAUGAGCCACCUGGAGACGUCUGUCGGACGCCAGCAAGCGCUGGUCUACAAACACCUGAGCCCCGCCGACAGGCUGGAAGUGGAGCAGCUGGAGUCUCUGCGCUCGGCUGUCAAAGAAGAACUUCUGGAGUUGGAGCAACAGCUGGAGGAGAAACUUCUGGACAUCAUGACGCCACGCAAGGCAAACGGCAUGGAUAACGUGUCCGCCAACUCAGCACUAAGAGCCAUGGAACCGGUGUCCGAGCUCCUGAGGGAGCAGCUGCUCCUCCGCUCGGAGCUGAGCUACGACGAGCGCCCCGGGAGCCCGGCGACGCCGACCCGACCCGCCGUGUACCGGGCGUCCGUCAACAUCACCCCGGCGCCGCCCCCUCGCGGCGACGGCCGGAGGGACCGACCAGAGGAAGAGGAGAAGGCGGAGUCGGCGGGCGACGAGGAGGAGGCGCUCGCUGCGGACCACCUGCAGCAGCUCAUCACAGAGAUCCGUGAGAACGUCACGCAGGAAGUGCGGCAGGAGAUCUUGAAGGAGCUAAUGGUGACCACGGGGCCUUCCCGCCCCUAA